AUGCCCAAAGUAAUUCUCAUCCAGCACUCGACAGUGGGUCUUAUCUACCGUUUUCUUCAGAUAUCUAUAAUAAUAUGUUUCAUCGGAUGGGUGAUUGUGAAAGAGAAAGGUUACCAGGCCUCGGAACGCCCAAUUUACGGUGUGUCGGCCACAGUUCAAGGAACGGCAUUCAGUAAUACAGAGCACCGCAGUAGCCACCUGGCUGCAGGUCCUAUGGUUUAUACAGAUGCGGAUCUUGUUCGACCGCCUAUUCAAAAUGCUGGAUUUUUUUUAAUAACUCGUGUACACAGCAUCAUUGACCAACUAAGAUAUGUCUGUGCUGAAGCUCCAGAUUUGCUAGAUGCUCGAUGUCGGAGUGAUGCGCAGUGUCCAGUUAACCAAAUUGCUGAAAAUAAGGUGCCUGAAGAGUUCGCACAUUUGACAAACACGUCAUGGUUUGACGUUGAAAGUUAUGGACACGGCCCUUUUACUGGACGCUGUUUAUCCAAAACAAUGACAUGUGAAGUAAUUGCCUGGUGCCCUAUUCUAGAAAACACAGAUCUGCAGGACUACUCUUGGUAUCCUCCUAUGCUACCAGAUUUUGGCAACAUGUCCAACCACACUUCAACGCAUUCCUUCAGUAAAAGCCCCGUUGACCGAAGAACGAUGCAGUCAGAUACAGAUUAUUUAAAAGAGAACAAAGUUGAUCCAUUGUACGAAGUCCUUAAUUUCACCGUUCUCAUUCGAAACGUCAUUGAAUUUCCAUUUUACAGAAUCAAACAAAAUAACAUUCGUGGUUGGAUGAAUAACACGUAUUUAAGGAUGUGCCGUUUUAAUAUCUCAGAUGAAAUAGAUCGUCAUUGUCCCCGUUUUCGUAUUCAGGAUGUCAUUAGCCUAUCCGGCGCGAAUGUUUGGUAUGUAUUGUUCCAUGGCGGAAUCAUUGAUAUUAACAUUAACUGGGAUUGCGACUUGGAUAAAGCACUAGAAAAGUGCGUCCCUACCUAUUCGUUUCGCUACUUAGGGGCCCUGAGCAGCGCCGCCGAUCAGGAUGUUGUUCACAUGGACGAGAAGUACUAUCUAGAGUUUGCCAAUUACUAUACAUCUUCACAGCAUAGGCGCAUACUGCACAAAUUCAGUGGCAUCCAAUUCCUCAUAUCUGUCACCGGUAAAGGAGGAAGAUUCAGCUUACUUGUAUUCACUAUGAAAAUAGGCUCUUGCAUGGCCUAUUUUGGUACUGCAACACUUCUCUGUGAUCUUAUUCUCGUUUAUUUUAGUCGUGACAGGCAUCGUUACAAGCAAACAGUGUGUCGUCUCAGUAUCCUCACAAAAGGAAAUAGCUUUAUUAAGACGCAUCGUGCCAACAUACCUCCACCCAAACCUGCGCUUCACAAACCUGAGAAUUUGGCAACAGUGAUUGAGUUUUAUGCCUCUUGCAAUGACACCAAAAUGCUUCCUGGACUCAAGGUGAACAUUAGGAAGCAGAAUGGAAACUAUGCGACGAACCUAAUUGAAGACCGUCAGUACCCGUCAAUCAUGCAAAGAAAAUUCAUUAAAAGUAAUCCGUCCUCUUAA